AUGGACGAACCGAAAUACGAAGAAGCGAUUAGAAUGUGCGCGUUGGAUAAAGAUAUCGAAAGCUUCGACUACGGCGAUUUGACUGAGAUAGGACAACGAGGCCUUCAUAUGAGCGGCGGACAGAAGCAGAGGAUUCAGCUCGCUCGAGCAGUGUACAACGAUGCGGAUAUAUAUCUUCUCGACGAUCCUUUUAGUGCAGUGGAUACGCAUGCAGCGGCAUCACUUUUCAACCAAAGAAGACUGAUUCUCGUCACUCAUCAAGUGGAGUUUCUAAACAAUGUCGAUAACAUUCUGGUUGUAGAAGGAGGAGGAGUUACUCAAUCGGGAAACUACGACGAGCUAAUGAUCGAAGGAACAACGUUCGAGCAACUCGUGGUUGCUCAUAAAGCAACCAUAGGAGUGCUUUUCGCGAUUCUUUUAGGGCUGAGAGCUUCGAAAGCCUUCUUCUCGGGUUUUAUUAACUCGGCUUCGUCUAAUCUAAGCGUGCUAGAUUUCGACAUCCCGAUCGGGUUUUCGUUUGUGAUAGGCUGCCUCGACCGAGAUGCUGGCAACGAUCGGCAUUAUGGCCUCGGUUACGUGGCAAGUUCUAUUUGUCGGGAUUUUCGCUAUGGUUUCUUCGAAAUACGUCCAAACGCAAAAGUGUUUCUUUCGUCAAACGCCACGCUGGAAUGGCUCGUCUUGAGAACCGAAUCGCUCCAAAAUCUCACCCUUUUCACCGCCGCUAUUUACUUGAUCUUGGUUCCCAAUAACUCUAUUGCUCCAGCAGGGCUUGUGGGACUCUCUCUCGGCACGCAAGUGUUUUUAUCGAGAUGGUAUAGUAGCUUAGCUAAUUAUAUAGUCUCCGUCGAAAGGAUCAAACAGUACAUGAAUAUACCGCCCGAGCCUCCAACGAUCAUAGAAGAUAAACGACCACAAAUAUCAUGGCCUACAAACGGCAGAAUUGAGUUGCUCGAUCUAAAGAUACGUUAUCGGCCUAAUGCUCUGAUAGUGCUAAAGGGAAUAACGUGCACUUUCGAAGAAGGGAAGAGAGUGGGGGUCAUCGGAAGUGGGAAAACGAUUUUGAUUAGUGCAUUGUUUCGAUUGGUCGAGCCUUACAGUGGCAGAAUUGUAAUAGAUGGGAUCGAUAUUUGCUCGAUCGGCUUGCGGGAUUUGAGGUUGAAACUCAGCAUUAUUCCUCAAGAACAGACUCUUUUUAGAGGAAGUGUUAGAACAAAUCUUGAUCCAUUAGGACUAUACUCCGACGACCAAAUAUGGAAGGAAACAGUGAGCGACGAAGGGGAGAAUUGGAGCAUGGGGCAGAGGCAGCUGUUCUGCCUAGGGAGAGUGCUUCUUAAGAGGAACCGAAUAUUGGUUCUCGACGAAGCAACGGCUUCGAUCGAUUCAUCGACGGAUUCGAUAUUAGAGAAGAUAAUCAGACAAGAAUUCGCCGAGCGUACCGUAAUAACUGUGGCACACAGCGUUCCAACUGUCAUAGACAGGAAGGUGGUGGAGUAUGAUGAGCCUUUGAAGCUAAUGGAGACAGAAUCUUCAUUUUCAAAGCUUGUGGCUGAAUAUAGGUCCAGUUGCACAAGGAUUUAUUAG